AAAUGGUUCUCAUUGUUUGAAAUGAGAGAUAGCAUUAUUACCUUAAAAUAUGAUUGCCUAAUCAGAUAACUUCAUCUGCCCGGUUUCUGCAUGAAAUUUAGUUUUAUUAUUUAAAUCGUAACACUAUAUAGGUUUAUUUGGGGUUUUCAGAGAUGGGACAGACCCUUUUUCCCCUUUUUGAAACAAGGGGAUAGGAAGAGACCCUUCGGUACUAAAUCAUUAAAAAUGAAAGAACUUACGUCUAUAAACAUCCUUGAGUAGAGCCCACAGACGAACUUUUGGGUCCUUUAGUUUUCUGUGUACAGCCUGUUUAUUUCCGGAUGCAUGUGUGAGUUUUCCCCUCAACAUUAAUUUGUUGAUUCUCGUACAAAACAAACAAAAGGUGAAUGACAUCCCAAUUACCAACAGACAAGUGCAACAUAAACAAAUGAAAAAGAUGCUAUGGGUACUUGAAGUUAGGAAAGCGAAUCUCAAGUCAACACAAACCGUAUGAACCUAAGAACCCCCAGAGUUUCAGAUUGAUUUCCUCUUCAAUACCAAUGGCAGAGUCGUCAACGAGGUAUGCAGUGGUUACAGGUGCAAACAGGGGCAUUGGAUUUGAAAUAUGCAAGCAGUUGGCUACAAAGGGUAUGACGGUGGUGGUAACGGCUAGAGAUGCGAAGAGGGGUCUCGAAGCUGUUGAGAAGCUGAAAGAGUCUGGUUUAUCUGAAACUGUCGUUUUCCAUCAACUUGAUGUGACAGAACCUGCGAGUAUUUCUUGUUUGGCAGAUUUCUUAAAGGCUCAAUUCGGAAGGCUUGAUAUCUUGGUGAAUAAUGCUGGAAUUGGUGGUGUUACAGCAGAUCAAGAUGCUGUAAGAGCUUCCAUUCUCGGCAAGCCCGGGGCCCAAAUCAACUGGAGUGAAAUACUGAUUGAAACAAACGAGUUAGCUGAAGAAUGCCUCAAAACGAUCUAUGGUGUCAAAAGAAUGUGUGAAACACUCCUUCCCCUCCUCCAUUUAUCUGAUUCGCCAAGAAUUAUAAAUGUUUCUGCUUCAAUGGGGCAGUUAAAGAAUAUUUCAAAUCCAUGGGCCAAAGCAGUCCUCGGUGAUGUUGAAAAUCUGACAGAAAAGAAAGUAGAUGAGGUACUGAGUGUGUUUCUGAAAGAUUUGGAGGCAGGUUCAUUACAGGCAAAAGGCUGGCCUACUGUUUUGGCUACCUAUUCCAUCUCCAAAGCAGCUAUGAAUGCCUAUGCAAGGAUCCUGGCUAGGAAAUACCCCAGUUUCCACAUCAUCUGUGUUUGCCCUGGCUCUGUGAAAACAGACAUAAACUACAACACUGGCCUGUUAACUGUUGAGGAGGGCGCUGAGACUGCAGUGAGAUUAGCUCUGCUGCCCAACGCUGGCCCUCCUGGCCAAUUCUUUGUUCGGAUGGAACAGUCAGAAUUCUGAUGAUCAGAUAUUUCUCCAUUUUCAAAAGAAAGUUCACCUUGUGAAAAGUUAUGCCUUUUGCCUUCUUUUGUCAAUGACCACCCACGAAUCUCAAUCUAAUAAAAGCACGUGGCAAAUUAUUGCGUGUCAUUCAUGCAAAUAUGCUUCCAUCUUGUGUUAUUUCAUUUCAUGCAAAAAUGGUUUCUGUAUAACAUUUACUCAGCCUUUAAGCUAUAUAUAUGUGGGAAAUUUUGGAAGGAAACAGUGUUGCCUGUCAUCGUUCACCAUACAAAUAUAGGCAUUGUCCAGGUUAUGGAUUACAAUUUACAAUUCCAAUAUCAAGACAACUAUAUAUCUGAGAGGAAGUUGCAGAAGGGUCCCAGACUGAGCCAACAGGAAGCCAGUUAAGGAUGGUGAGAAAUUUCCUUUCAAAAUGAAAACAAAAGAUGGCACAGAAAGAAGCAAGUGCAACUUCACCUUCUAGCUCUUGUUCACCAUAUCCAACCAAAUUUGGCUGCUUCCUU